AUGCAUGCAUCUCGCACGCUAACCCCUGCGGAGAAGAACUAUGGGCAAAUAGAGAAAGAGGCUCUAGCCCUCGUGUUUGCUGUCAAGAAAUUUCACAAACUAUUGUACGGUCGCCACUUCACGUUGUUGACGGAUCACAAACCGUUGCUGUCAAUCUUCGGUUCGAAGAAGGGCAUUCCCGUCUACUCAGCCAGCCGACUUCAGCGAUGGGCAACCAUCCUUCUUGGCUACGAUUUCGACAUUCGCUACUGUCGUACUACAGACUUUGGUCAGGCUGACGCCCUUUCUCGCCUCAUCAGCAAUCAGCAGGAACCGGAGGAAGAUACCGUGAUUGCAGCUAUUUCGAUUGAGGACGAUGUGCGCCGUCAGCUGUCAGACGCCAUACGAGGUAUCCCCGUCACUGCCGCGGACAUCCGACAUGCUACUGAACAGGAUCCUGUCCUCCGCCAGGCCAUCACCUACGUGCAGACCUGCUGGCCAACCACUGCUCUCGCUGGCGAUCUUCGCCAGCUCUUCCUCCGCCGAGCAUCGCUAUCUGUGGUUGACUCCUGCCUCAUGUUUUCAGACCGUGUGGUGAUCCCAUCUUCCCUCCGACCCACUGUACUACGCCAGUUCCAUGCGGCUCAUCCUGGUACCAGCCGAAUGAAGUCUAUUGCUCGCAGUUUUGCCUACUGGCCGGGUAUCGACGGCGACAUCGACGACCUGGUUCGACGCUGUUCUCGAUGUCAGCAAGCUGCCAAAAUGCCGCCUCGUCAACCUCCAAUACCCUGGCAACCACCGGAGAGGCCUUGGUCACGCGUGCAUAUCGACUUCGCUGGUCCACUUAACGGAAUCUCCUACCUAAUCUUGGUCGACGCCUACUCGAAGUGGCCCGAGAUUGCUCCGCUUAAUCCAGCGACCGCAUCUACCACUAACGCCUUCCUACGACGCAUCUUUAGCCAACAUGGCUUACCAGAAGUCCUGGUUUCACAUAAUGGCUCUCAGUUUACUUCGUCGUCGUUUGAGGAUUUCUGCCGCCAACACAACAUCCAGCAUCUUCGCUCCCCGCCCUACCAUCCUCAGUCUAACGGUCAGGCGGAACGUUUUGUCGACACGUUUAAGAGAGCCCUCUUGAAAGCUCGUGGGGAGGGGACAACGGACGAGAUAGUCCAGGCAUUCCUGUUUUCCUACAGGACAACACCGAACCCGGCGUCCCCUGGUGGCGUUUCUCCUGCCGAAGCGUUGAUGGGCCGGAAACUGCGUACAACUUUUCAUGCCCUCGUCCCUACCGGUGCGCAGCCGGCGCAGACUUCUCCAGUCUCUCGCAGCAAGCUCUCCAUCGGAAGGCCUGUCUUCGCCCGUGAUUAUCGAGCGGAGUUCCCAGACUGGAUUGAAGCAACCGUGGUAGCGCACAGAGGCAGUAUGUUGUUUAACGUCGACGUUGGUGGUGAAAUCUGGGUUCGUCACCACAACCAGAUCCGACGGCGACAUUGCAGUAACACAACUGGGCUCGAUCCGGCGCCGUCACUCCCCCUUGACAUCCUACUGGAUACCUUCGCCAUUCCGGCAGAUCGGUCGGUUCCUGAACCCACUGCUGCGCCUCCUUCGGAUGUACCGCCUUCGGUAUCAGUCACUGCCCCCGGGUCUCCAAAAAACAAACCACAACUAAGACGCCGGACCAACCGCGUGCGCCGAUCAACACUGCCGAUGCAGAUCAAUCCACGCCAAAAGCGGUACCGACCCACUUGGAGGGGAGGUGUUGGGAGUGCCUACACUCCCAAAAACAAGAGCAAACCAGUCAAUGGAGAUCACGUGCGUUUGCUCUCUCUCUCUACCGCGCUGUCAUCUCAAUCAGGCGCUUCCCAUUGGCUACUCCCCUCUUCCCGAAGGUCAUUGGACCGAGUGCCGGCGAACCACGCUAGCGAGUGA